AUGAAAUCUCCUUUACAAUUUUCAUACUUAUGGCAAAUCGAGGUGGACGUGGAGGUGGCAGUUGCUAUAAGUGUGGUGAACCUGGGCAUUUGGCUCGGGACUGUCGUCAACCUAGGGCUGUUUGCUAUAAUUGCGGUCGCGAAUGCACAAACCCAACCAAAGAAAAAAAGUGUUAUAAAUGCGGAGAUGUUGGCCAUUUGGUAUAGUCGUGAAUGUUAUCAAGAGUCAGCGACGGGCACCUCUGGAUCAGAGUGUUACAAGUGUGGCAAAACGGGACAUAAAGCUCGAAAUUGUGACGACUCAUAUGAAGAUGACUAUAACGCGGAGUAUCGCACACGCGGUUCUAGUUCUGAUUGUUACAAGUGUGGAAAGCCAGGACAUAUAGCUCGAAAUUGUAAUGAUGAUUAUGGUGAAAACUCACGGAAGGGUGGUUCAAAUGGUGAAUGUUACAAGUGUGGAAAGUCGGGACAUAUUGCUAAAAAUUGUGAUGACUUUUCUGGGAAUUAUUACGACUCGCAAGAAUGUUAUAAGGCUUUAACUCUGGAUUUAAUAAUAAAACUUGUUACAGCUGUGGUGGUAUGUCAAAAUGAUUGUACAAAAGGUCAAAAAUGUUAUAAUUGUGGUCGAUCAGGUCAUCUUAGUCGAGAAUGUGAUGAAGCGCAAGGUUCAAAAGAAGGUCAUAUUCGCAGAGAUUGUCCAGAAGCGGCAAAAAAAUGGACACUUGAAGAUGUGGAAAUGGCAGAACAAUUCCUUUCAACUCAUAAUGACAAUUAUACAAAUUUUCCAUUUCACAAGGAAUUAUUUCUGAAAUUCAUCAAAGAAAAUGAUGGAUAUUUUCCAGUGAAAAUUGAAGCAUUACCAGAAGGAACUUGUUGUCAUGUGCAUACUCCAGUCUAUCAAAUUACAGCUGAAGGGGAAUAUGCACCUUUGGUUACAUUUUUAGAGACUUUGCUUACUAUGAUUUGGUAUCCAUCAACUGUAGCAACACUUUCACGUCGUGCACGUGAUAUAAUUGAAGAGGCUUUUGAAGACACAGUGGAUGAAGAUGGAUAUUUUCUCUUGGAAAGUCGAUUACAAGAUUUUGGAUUUCGUGGUUGUACAUCACUUGAACAAUCGAUUAUUGGUGGUGCUGCACAUUUGAUCAACUUUACAGGAACAGAUACAAUGAGUGCUGCAUAUUAUGUUCAAUACAAGAUUAAUAAUGGAAAACCUAUUGGAUUAUCUAUUCCUGCUACAGAACAUUCUGUAAUGUUGUCUCACAAAACUGAAAAGGAUGCUAUAUCACGAUUAAUUACUCAUUUCGGAAAUGGUGCAUUUGCUUGUGUUAUGGAUACUUUUAGUUAUGUUAAUGCAUUGGAAAAUAUUGUACCAGCAAUUGCUUCUCAAAAAAUUGAAAAGGGUGGUUUUAUGGUUAUCAGACCUGACAGUGGAGAUCAAGUAGAAGUUGGUGAUAGUGUUACUAUUCCAUCUUUAAAAGCUAUAUUAAAAGCUGUUAAAGAAGCCGGAUAUUCAGCACAAAAUGUUUUGUUUGGUAUGGGAGGUGGUCUAUUACAAAAAUUAAAUCGGGAUACUAUGAGUUUUGCUACUAAACUUAGUUACAUCAAAUAUGCUGAUGGAACUGAAAGAAACAUUAUGAAAAUUCCCACAAUGGAUUCAAAGAAAAUCAGUUUGCCUGGUGAAUUUGUUGUCAAAAGAAAUGAAUUAGGAGUCAAAAGUUGUCCACCUAAUGAUCCCAACAAUCUUUUACAUGUGGUUUAUGAUCAUGGUAAAGUUAUUGAAUGGGAUAAUUUUGAUAUAAUUAGAAAACGAGUUGCUAAAGAAUGGACAGCUUUACCAAAAGUCUGGAAUAACAUUAGUUCAGAACUUAAAUCAAAGAUUGAUAAAGUUACUCAGGAACUUAAAAUAAAAUAA